CGCAUCUCCAACUGCCAAUCACCGGUUGCCCUCACACGCUAAAAUGAACGAUUACUGAGAUGGGGUCAAAAGAGGAUCGCAAAACUCAACCUGAACCAGUUCACAGAAACCCCCCAAACCCGCCUAGUACUCCUGUUGAACCCGCAACCAGACGCGCCGCGUACACAAGAGCUGCAGCAACCACAACGAAGGCGAGAAGAACGACAGAAGAUGCUGAGGUAGCGUCAUCAUUUGCUUCGAGUGUGAAACCACGCAGAGCUUGGAGUUUUCGAGAUUGGGAUAGUCAGAUUACUCUCACUCAGAUUGUGCCAAAGGCCGAGCCGGUGGAUGCGGAUGCUGGGCUGUUGGAGUUUGAUGAUAAUGGCAGGGAUCGAUCGAAGAAGGGUGAUAUUGAGGUUAUUGAUUUGGUGGAGGAUUCGGAUGAUGGUGAUGACGAUACUGAGUACAACCCGUCGUCGAAUCGACGCACAUCUACAACGAAAAAAUAUAAAAGGGUACACCUGCCGGACAGCAUACCUUCCACCAGGUUUAAGAGUCGAAGGUCCGUUGGAUUCGACAGCAGUGCGAAAAAAUCUACUGGAUUGAAGGGCAGGAUUGGGAAGAACCAGCAAAAGGGGAAAGAUGGGAAUAAAACCCUCACGCAGAUGGACUUUGUCCGACGGUAUAUACCUCUCCCAGAGUCGGACGACGACCUGCAGUCUUAUGAUGAACCAGCGGCAAUCCCAGGGAAUGGAUAUAGUGAAGACAUCAAAGACAACAUGGGGAAGAGGGAAGAGGAGGAAGAGGAUGGACCGACUCCAGGGAAGAAGCGGAGGCUUAAUGAGAACUCUGCAGCGGUAUCACCACAUUCUACGAAACAUUCCCCUAGCCAAACCACAAAUCGCGCCUCUCCCCCAGCCAACAUCAACCCUACAACUCCACAGAAAUUACGAAUGUUCGAAAUACCGUCCUCCCAAACCCCGGAAACACCUCGACAGCUCGCCUCUCCCGAGCUGCACCAUGUGCCCCGUUUUCCUUUGGAAGCAUUAUCAUCGAAUCCGUCGAAUCUAAGUCUGGAUAAGUCUGAGAAUAAACCUUGCAAGACCCAAUCACCGCUAUCGCCGGAAUUAGAUCCACCAAUUCCGGACACCAGUGAGAAUAAUAUCGGUGAAUCUAUAAAACGACACGAUGGGAAACCCUUGGAUGACGCUGUGGACGCUGCUCUGGAUACAUCAGUGCCAAGAAUAGACGAAACAGAUCCAUCACAUCCUCCCCAGUCGUCCUUCCGUAAAACCGUUGUAUACGAAACAGACGCCGAUACGGACUAUGGAGAAUUUGACGAAGAUAAUCUCCCUCAAGCAUCGAGCCCGGCCGACGAUCAUACCCCCAAAGGCAGCAAAAAAGAUAUCCUUGAAGAGGAUCGGAGUAUUCCGAACAGUGAUGACUCUGACGACCUUCCCCCUCCCGUGCCUAAUUCUGGCACCGACCUUGAAAUAAACCAAAAUAUCUUUUCAGAUACUGCAUUACCCUCGGAUGCAUCUUUAUAUUAUCGCCGACCCGCUCUAUAUACCCAAUACCCGACGGAACCUGUGCCGAUACUAAACACACAAAAGAUGGCAGAGCUAUUUCCCACUCAAGAAGGGACCGGAACCCGAACUUCGACAUUCAAGGAGUCAUCGGCAGGCAAAGAGUUCUUGACGCCUUUGAAGAACCAGCAUUCCGACAUUAUUUGCCCUCAUACUCAAACAGAGACGCAGAGCGACGAGGUUGAUAAAUCAACGCAAAUGGUUCCUGAAUCAUCACCAGUCGCUCGGAACCAGGAGAUACGGUCGAGAGACGAGGCAAUGCCGCCUCCACAAGAAUCCGUUGUCUUGGUGGAGUCAUCACAGCUUGUAGACAAGAUCAACAGGCAAAACAGCGAUGCUGAUAUGGGACCGGCCUUUCGGAAGCUGCUUUCUGCAGGCGAUUUCCUAACAGACAGCGUAAUGGAAAGCAUUCCACCGCCUCCGUGGGCUCUGAGCCAGGAUAGCGUAGGGGAGCCGUAUCCUGAGGACAAUUCACAUAGAAAAUAGAAUAAACAAUUGAUGAUAAUAGAUAGAUAGUUAAAAGUAUAGUGAAGACACUGGAAUGUCGACGAUAUCGUAAAUACAGCGGGCGGUCUGAUUGGCUGGUAGCUGUAGG